GUUCACCUUUGGGUGUAUCCCUCUAACAGCAGCAGGUACUGCCGCGUCUCCUCCGUGUCUCUCUCUGCUGGGAACACUUGAACCGUCCGGAUGGAUCCGCUCUCCCUGAAGUCGCUCCUGCUCCUGCUCCUGCUGCCGCUGCUCGGAUGCUGCGUGGAGCAGGGCAUUCUGCCCGAAGGUCCCGUGUCUGCACUUGUGGGGGGAAAUGUCACCCUGAAAACUACGAUUACAAGCCAGAACCUCGACGUCAUAACCUGGAUUUUCAAUAACCUAAAUGGUGUGGCUACAUUUGUUGGUGGAAAUUUGAGAGUGACUGCAGCUUACACGGGGAGAGUUUCGCUUAACCCCACCGACGGCUCCUUGACCCUGUCCGCCCUGAAGCCUGGGGACAGCGGGGACUAUACCGUCACUGUGAUAACAUCUGAUGCCACACUAGUCGGAGAGACUAAACUUCAGGUGGUCGAGCCCGUCUCCAACGUGGACAUCAAGUCCAACGUCCCUGAUGCCAUUGAAUACAACAGCACUGUGAUUCUUACCUGCAGCGCUAUAGGCUCCUCGCUCAGCUUCAAAUGGAUCAACGGCAGCGUGCCCAUCGUGGUCGACGGCACGCGCAUCACAGAGAUAAAGACGAACUCGUCCAGCGUGCUGACCAUCAAAAAUGUUCUGAGGACGGACCUGGUGGGUCCGAUCUACUGCACAGCAUCUAACUCGCUGACAACGAAAUCUACCACCACCCCUUUCAACCUCACCGUCUACUACGGACCUGAUGAUGUCACCAUCACGCCUGCAAAUCCACCCAAGUUCAUCCAGGCUGGUUCCACGUUCAACCUGACCUGCUCGGCCAGCUCCCUGCCGCCCGCCUCCUUCACGUGGUACUAUAACGGGAUGAGGAUCGAGACUUCCAGCUCCGUCCUCACUCUGGAUAUGAUCAAAGGGUACACGGAGGCGGCUAACUACACCUGUCGGGCUGAAAAUCCCAAGAGCAAACGCAGCGUCCCUUCCCCGGCUGUUUCCUUCACCAUUAUGGAGGGAAUCUCAAGUGUUGAAAUCAUCGGUCCGACUGGUGACCUCAUCGCCAGCAACAGCACGGCAAACCUCAGCUGCCAGGCGACGGGGGCACUGUGGGGAAGCCCGCUGCAGAAGGACGACAACGGAAGGUUCACCUGUCGGGUCAGCAACGCCGUCAGCAGCAAAGAAGCCCACUACAACAUGCAGGUCGUCUAUGGUCCUGAACAACCGACUAUAACGGCUAGGAAAGCCGUGGAAGUCAAUCAGCAAGUGGAGCUCACCUGCUCCGCUGCAUCUGUUCCUCCUGCCAACUACAUCUGGAAGUUAAACGGCACCGCAACUACAACCACAGCGGCGGUGUUCAUUAUUGCAAGUGCAACAUACAAAGACGCUGGAACGUACACAUGUGAGGCACACAACAUCAUCACCAGCAAGACCACCUCCACCAGCCACAACCUGUCUGUCCAAGGGGAGGGAACGCUGGACGGUCUCUCAGAUGGAGCCAUUGCUGGAAUCGUCAUCGCUGUCAUCAUUGCUGUGGCCCUCGUUGUCGUAGGCGUCUGGCAUUACUGCCGACAGAAAGUCCCAGUGCUUCAGAUGUCCAAACAGCGUGAGGAACGUUACUCCCCCGCUCUGUGCUUUUCUCCGCUGUCUCCCACUCCAUGA